UAUCAAACAAUUUGCCUUGUUUUGGUCUAAACGAGGAAGUUGUGUCACAAUUUUGCGUUAUAAAUUAUAAUGCCUGAUUCAUAAUAUUACACCAAAAGGUCAAAAUAAACUGUUCAAUAAAUUACUUCUAUCAAACAUUCAACAUUAUUCCAUUAAAUUGUUUCAUACGAAUUCUAUUAGUAUCCGUUGUAAGCCUCAGUAAAUAUGGAAUCUCCCAGACAGUUAGAAACGGACACUGUAGAGUUUUGGAGGAAACAAGCUAAAUAUUACGAACAAAAAGUAAUCGACAUUCAGCAAGAAUUAGAUGAGUACACUGAAAAUUCAGCACAACUUGAAAAGGAAUUGGAAGCAUCUUUGGUACAAGUUGAAAAACAGAAUAGAGACUUAGAACACCAAAAUCAACGGUUAAAAAAUGACAUAGAUAUAUUGAGGAAAAAACUGGAGCGAAGUCAACAUGAAACCAAUGCAUUGGAAAGUGAAUUACAGGCACUGAAAAUAGAAAAGGAAAAACAAGCAACUUACAUACGAGAAAUUGAACAAAAAAAUGAUGAUUUGGAAAGAGGGCAGAGAGUUAUAACAGAGUCAGUUUCUUGUAUAGAAACACUAUUAAAUCAGGCAUAUGAAAGAAAUGCAGUACUAGAAAGUGAAGUGGAUGAAAUUGAAAAUUUGAGAGUGAAACUUCAGAGAGCUAAUGAUGAAGCAAGAGAUCUGAAGCAAGAAUUAAAGGUAAUAGAGAAGGUACCGGAAUAUAAAAAGGAAGAUGGCAGCAUUGAAAAUGUAUGCAAUGGACAUAUCUCUAAUACAUCUCGCACUCAAGUUGAAAUAGAAACUCAGACAUCUCUAACAACACCACAGAAGCGUGAAAUUAAUGGUAAUGCAAUGACACCCUCUUCCCGUGUCACCGCUAUCAAUAUAGUGGGAGAUCUGCUCAGGAAAGUAGGGCUUGAGAGAUUUCUUUGCCGUGAGUGUGGUAAGGUCAAAUGCUCAUGUAGUGCUUCAGUAAUCGUCGACCAAACAUCGGACAACGUAGCUAGUACUAAAGAAAUUAAAAACGAUAGUGAAGAAUAUGUCGUGGAGUAUCGAAAAACGAGAGAAUUAACACGACAGUUGUCUAAAUCUGAUAAACCUGAUGAUAUACCAAAGAAACCGCCUCGGAACAGUCUCAAUAGGCCAUCUGAGCCAUUUGAAAGAUCUAAUGGUGAUAGUGGAAAGUUGCGAAGGUCAUUUGCAGUACGCUCUAGAGAGGGACUGGAGAAUUUGUUAAAUUUGGCUUCCAUUCGCAAAGGACAUGAACAAGGAAAAGCGAAACAGGGGCUAAAAUGAUAGAGUGUACUUACUGUACCUGUAUUUUUUAUAUGAUUAAUCUAAUAACACUUUAUUGUACUACCGAAUACUAUGUAGUAUAUAACUAUUGUAACACUCAGUAAAAGUAAGCAGAAAUAAACAGUGUAAAUGAAUUCAGAAAUAUUUAGUUAAAAGGCAAAGUAGGUUGUGGAAUGGUUGACUAAUGUUUUUUUUUGUAGUUCUAGUUGUAUUUUUGGAGAGUAGAAGAAAAAAUAUCCUCUAUUUUGUCCAAUAUACAAAUGUAUACUUUUUUAAGUACCAUACUACAUAAACUU